UCGCGUUCCUUGCCACCGGACGCUUCUUUAUCGCGCUGCCGCCACGUCGUCGCUCCUCGUCGCUCCUGGCGAUACGCGUUUGCGCCCGUUCCAGCCCCGGGUCAUAAUGCCAGCAGUGCACUCGUAGCACUGCGACGAUCACGUUCGUCAGCGAAUUGCGGUCGAAAAAAUGGUUUAUAGUAAAGAACAUAAGAUGGUUUUGCAAAGUAUUAUGCACGAGGGUGCUUUGCAUGAAAAUCGUGGAAAGGAGUUAAUUUCAAAAUUAUUUGGUCACGAAAAUACGGCGAAAAUAAUAAACGAAAUAAAUUUGAAAUUACAACCAUUAUACAUGAUCAUAAAGUGUAUGAAUUGCGAAGUUACCGGUCAGCUGUAUUGGGUUUGGGCAAGUACUGUGCAAGAUAAAAUUGCCAGCUUUCAUCCUGAAUUUUCGCAAGCUGAAUUAACCCUGUUGCGUAAUGUAUAUUCUGAAAUUGUUACUUCAGGCAACGGUUACGUAUCGAGUACAUGGUGCCUUAAUUUAUGUUCGACGUUAAAUAUAAAAUUAACCAAAGCUAGGGCCGAAGAAUUCCUAUAUGAAAUGGUUAAUAAGAAAUGGUUAACGUGCAAGAAUGGUAAAUACUAUAUGGGAGUAAGAAGUAUAGUUGAAUUAUUACAAUAUUUCAAAGACACGUAUCAAGAGAAUCUUCAUUCUUGUACUUUAUGCAAACAAGUACUUUUUUAUGGCGAGAAAUGCGAUCAAUGUAAUACUACAACGCAUGUUCAUUGUUUAAAGAAUUAUACAAUGAAUCGCGGAGAUUUGGAAUGUCCUAAUUGUCACCAUCCUAUAUCGCAACACAAUCAUUCUGAUAAUAGUAUCAAUUCUGAAAUGGAUGUUGACGAGAUGGAUACUGAAAUGAAUGAAGUGACACAACCUAGUCAGAGAAGAUCAAAAAGAAAAAGAUACUAAAGAUUAAUGGUAAUAUGUAAGAUAUUUAAUUAAUUAUAAUAAAUUUUACAUUUGCAUAAGCGUCAAAGAAU